AUGAAGGUAUCUGAUAGCCCCCCUGUUCCGAACGCUCUACACCAUACAUUGUCUCGAUGGUCACUGCUGACUUCUUUCCUGCUCUCCAAAGGAACCCCAGUACCUAUUCAACUGCUACGCCUCAAUGACCCUACUCUCUCCGAAGAAGACAGAAAGCUCAUUCCAACUUUCGAUUUAAGCCUGUGGUCACAGAGCCAUCCUCCUGAUCAUGUUGAGGGCCUUCUUCGAGAGCUGACAGCGGCUCUGAAAACCGCUGGAAAGGGAGAUCGGAAAAAUAUCUUGAAUGUUGCGGGAUAUUGCUUUGGAGGGAAGUUUGCUUUGCGAAUGGCAGGUUGGGACUCUGUCUCUUCCGUGGCUUCAUUUCAUCCGAGCCUUCGGUGCCCGACGUAUGUUGGUCUUGCCGAGUUUGACAACAUGGUCCCACCCACCCUGAAGGAGGACUUGGAGCGUUGGGCAACAAUAUCAGGGGAGCCAGACGAAAGGAGGCGUUUUGAGCCUGUCGUGUCGGUUUAUCCAGGGGUUGACCAUGGCUUUGCUGCCCGCCCGGAUACAAAUGAUCCUGUGGUUGCGGCACAAUAUGCAAAAGCUUUGGAUGACGCUUCCAAUUUCUUUCUCUUAUAG